CAGACGUGGCACGCAAGAGCAAGUUGUCUGCCAUUUGCUCCUGGGCUUGAUAAGAAGAAAAGAGUGGCUCAACAGGAAUGAAAUAUGAAGCAUCAUCAUCUGGGGAUUGGGAUCCUGACAGCAGCACUCUUGGUUCUCACUAUAUCCCUUGGCAUUGUCUUUGGCCUGCGCUCUAAGUCAUCCUCUCAGCAAGAAAACCUGCAUGUCUACAAGAGGGCAGCCGUGGCCGCAGAUGCAGGCCAGUGCUCUGUUGUGGGGAGGGAUAUCCUUCAGAAAGGGGGAUCAGCUGUGGAUUCUGCCAUUGCAGCUCUGCUCUGUAUGGGCCUGAUGAAUCCGCACAGCAUGGGCAUUGGAGGAGGCCUCUUCUUCACCAUAUACACAGUUGAUGGGAAAGUGGAAGUCAUUAAUGCCAGAGAGGUGGCACCGAAGAAUGCAUCCAUGAACAUGUUCGGCAACAACACAGGCCUGUCCCAGAAAGGAGGAUUGUCCAUUGCCAUUCCUGGAGAAAUCCGUGGUUAUCAAAUGGCGCACAAGCGCCAUGGCAAAUUGCAAUGGAAGGAGCUGUUUCAGCCCAGCAUCAAAUUAGCAAGAGAAGGCUUCCCAGUUGGAAAAGGCCUGGCAGGAGCUCUCAGAGCUAAGGAGAAGAGAGUUGAAAGAAAUCCGUCUUUGUGUGAGGUCUUCUGCAGAGGAGGAAAGGUCCUCAAAGAGGGGGAGAUACUCAGACUGCCUAAACUAGCAAACACCUAUGAGACAUUAGCCAAUGAGGGACCAGAUGCCUUUUAUAAAGGGAGCUUAGCUCAUCAAAUUGUCACAGACAUCAAGAAUGCAGGGGGGAUCAUUACACUUGAAGACCUGCGGAAUUAUGAGCCAGUUCUAGACAAAAAUCCACUAAAUAUAACCCUUGGUGAAUUCACACUGUAUGUGCCCAGCGCCCCGCUAAGUGGUCCUGUGCUAGCGCUCAUUCUCAAUAUUCUGAAAGGAUUUAAUUUCUCCAGCAACAGUAUCAAGACUCUGAAGGAAAAGGGCUUGACUUAUCACCGCAUUGUGGAGGCUUUCCGGUUUGCCUAUGCAAAGAGGACUUUACUGGGAGACCCAGCGUUUGUCAACAUCUCUGGGGUGAUCCGCAACAUGACAUCAGAGUCCUUUGCGGCUAGCCUGAGGGCCAAGAUCACUGACAAUUCUACCCAUGCAACUGGAUACUAUGAGCCGGAGUACUACGCUCCAGAUAAUGCCGGUACAUCCCACCUCUCCGUUGUGGCUGAUGAUGGCAGUGCUGUGUCCGCCACCAGCACCAUCAACCAAUACUUUGGGUCAGAUGUCCGUUCCAAUGUGACUGGAAUUAUAUUUAAUGAUGAGAUGGAUGACUUCAGCUCCCCUCUAAUUAUUAAUGGUUUUGGGGUUCCACCUUCAACAGCCAACUUCAUUGUCCCAGGUAAACGGCCUCUUUCUUCCAUGUGUCCAGCCAUUUUGGUGGAUCAAAAUAACAAUGUCAAGAUGGUGGUUGGUGCCUCUGGAGGGACAAAAAUUACCACAGCAACAGCAUUGGCAAUCAUACAUUCCCUUUGGUUUGGCUAUGAUGUUAAAAAGGCUGUGGAAGCACCCCGAGUUCACAAUCAGUUGUUCCCUAACGUUACUGAACUGGAGUUGGAUCUGGAAAAGGGAGUAGAAGAAGAGCUAAAGAAAAGACUGCAUGAGACUGAAUGGGUCAGUGGGGGAGCUGUUGUGCAGGCCAUUCUCAGAACUGAUGGGGGCUGGACUGCAGCAUCAGAUUCCCGGAAAGGGGGAUACCCAGCAGGCUACUGAACUUGUAUUCAAGUUGCUUCGAUGCAUCAUGUCCUGAAUUGUAUAGUUAGUGUCAGACAUCUGGAGUCCAUUGAGAUAAAUACACCCCAAUCCC